AUGCUGGCCUCAGGCAUGCUGCUGGUGGCUGUGCUCACCUGUUUGAUUGUCAUGGUGUUGAUGUCUGUCUGGAGGCAGAGGAAGCUCUCAGGAAAGCUGCCUCCUGGCCCCACCCCAUUGCCCUUCAUUGGAAACUAUCUGCAGCUCAACAUGGAGCAGAUGUACAAGUCUCUCAUGAAGAUGAGUGAUCGCUUCGGUCCAGUGUUCACGGUUUACCUGGGCCCUCGGCGGGUCGUGGUGCUGUGCGGUCAGGAGGCCGUGAAGGAGGCGCUGGUGGACCAGGCUGAAGAGUUCAGCGGGCGCGGGGAGCAGGCCAUCUUCACCUGGCUCUUCCAAAGCUAUGAAUCUGGCAUCCUGGCCUCCCUGCUGCCCCAGUGUCUCCAAGGGUACUCUGCAGGUGUGGUCCUCAGCAAUGGGGAGCGGGCCAAGCAGUUGAGGCGCUUCUCCAUCACCACGCUGCGGGACUUUGGACUGGGCAAGAGAGGCAUCGAGGAGCGCAUCCAGGAGGAGGCAGGCUUCCUCAUCCAGGCACUGAGGGACACACAUGGCACCUUCAUAGAUCCCACCUUCUACCUGAGCAGAACGGUCUCCAAUGUCAUCAGCUCCAUUGUCUUUGGGGACCGCUUCAACUAUGAGGACAAGGAGUUCCUGUCUCUCCUGCGAAUGAUGACGGGCAGCUUCCAGUUCACAGCCACCUCCACUGGGCAGCUCUUUGAGAUGUUUUCCUCCAUCAUGAAGCAUCUGCCGGGACCACAGCAACAGGCUCGUAAGGAGCUGAAGGGGCUGGAGGACUUCGUAAUCAAGAAGGUGGAACAGAACCAGCGCACCCUGGACCCCAACUCCCCACGAGACUUCAUCGACUCCUUUCUCAUCCGCAUGCAGGAGGAGAAGAAGAAGCCCAAUACAGAAUUCUUCUUGAAGAACCUGGUGACCACCACACUGAACCUCUUCUUUGCGGGCACGGAGACCGUCAGCACCACCUUGCGUUAUGGCUUCCUGCUGCUCAUGAAAUAUCCAAAUGUGGAGGCCAAAGUCCAUGAAGAGAUUGAUCGGGUCAUUGGCAAAAACCGGCAGCCCAAGUUUGAGGAUCGACUGAAGAUGCCCUACACAGACGCUGUGAUUCAUGAGAUCCAGAGAUUUGGAGAUAUGAUCCCCAUGGGGCUGGCCCGCAGGGUCACUAAGGACACCAAGUUCCGAGAGUUCUUCCUGCCCAAGGGUACCGAAGUGUUCCCCAUGCUGGGCUCUGUGCUGAGAGACCCCAAGUUCUUCUCCAACCCCCAGGAUUUCAACCCUCACCACUUCCUGGAUGACAAAGGACAGUUUAAGAAGAGUGAUGCUUUUGUUCCCUUUUCCAUCGGAAAGCGGUACUGUUUAGGAGAAGGCCUGGCUAAAAUGGAGCUCUUUCUCUUCCUCACCACCAUCAUGCAGAACUUCCGCUUCAAGCCCACGCAGGCUCCCCAAGACAUCGACGUGUCCCCCAAAUAUGUGGGCUUUGCCACCAUCCCACCCACCUAUACUUUAAGCUUCCAGCCUCGCUGAGCCCCAGGGGAUGUGCAAGGGGGGGGGGGUUGGAAGAGAUGAGGAUGGGGGGUAGGGGGACCGAGGGAAAGGCAGAGACUUAGGCCACUCAGCGUGGGGAGGGCAAAAAUGAGGGGGGAAGGGAGGGGACCAGAUGGGAAGAGGAAACAGACCAGAUUGCUGACCUUGCUGAAGAAGAUGGUCGCUUCCAAGAUGAGAUGCCAGAAAGGGAAUUUUUAGUAAUAAAAAUAAACCAGUUCUUGUUUAUUGAA